AUGAAUUUUAUGUUAAGAAGAAACGGUGGUCAAUUCCAAAAGUUUGGAUUUUUUAUUAGAUGUAAUAGCACUGAAAGUUUUUAUUCAAAAGCUAUCCUUGGAUUAAAGAAAGAUUUGAAACAAGCAAUGUUAGCAAAGGAUGAUUUAAAGAAAACUACUAUUAGAAACAUGUUAUCUACUAUAAAGAAUAAGGAGAUCGAUGCUAAGGACACCAAGUUUGAUGAGUUUACUCUUUUUGGAAUCUAUUCCAAAUUAAUAAAUCAAAGAAAGGACUCGAUCUCAGAUUAUCUAAAGAAUAAUAGAGAAGAUCUUGCUGGAAAGGAAGAACAAGAAUUGAAAUUGAUUCAAACUUAUCUUGAUUCUCUCCCAAUAGCAUCACCUCAAGAAAUUGAUACUAAAGUAGAAAAAUUUUUGAAUGACCUAAAGGAAAAAGAAGGAACCGUUCCAAUGAAGGAUGUAUUCUCAAAAGUCGAUUGGAAUACUUUAACCAAAGAAUGGAAAGCUUCUCAGAGUAUGAUCAAAAGUAGUAUUGUGUCUAAAUAUAAAAAUAUCUUUUAA